AAAUACCAUUCACAAACAAGUAACACGACUGUAGCCACGCUUUUCAACAAACUUACAAUUAGCGUGUUAAUUUGCGGUUAUGUGGUGAAUUGUAUCAAUUUUAAUUAAACAGAAUAGAGAGUUCAGUACAAGACUACUUCAACAUUGUAUUGCUAAAUUCCUGAACUUUAUCCUACUCCACCGAUGAAACAUUUUCGUUGUUGUUUAGUCAUUCUGUGUGUUGUUGCCCUUAUUAUACUUGCUAUAGAGAGGGUGAGGCCGUCUGGACCACUGGCUAACAUCAACACUUUUUAUGCUGGAGGUCAAGAAAUGCCUGUCGAACGAAAUGAUCAAAGACAAGUCCAACAUCAAGAAUACAAAAAUCAAAACCAAGUCGAACAUCGAGACUACAGCAAGGAUCCAUUGGCCAUUAUACGUAGAAGUGGCCGGGUAAAGUCUCUGCUUGGGAUAAACCUGGAGAACAUGACGACACAGGAAAUGUUGAUGACCAUCCACAGUUACCCAGACAACAUCGAUACAUUGUGUGAGAGAGUAAUUCGACUGGGUAAACUGGGAAACGCUGGCUGGGAUAUUUGUGACGACCCGGACGUCCGCCCCAAGGACCCGUGCAUCAUCUACUCCUACGGCAUCAACUACGAGUUCUCGUUUGACGACGACGCAGCCAAGCUUUACGGGUGUCACGUGUUCUCAUUUGAUCCCAGCAUGAUCAAGUGGGCGUACAAGGUCAAAAGGUCAGCGCUGGUCCUUUUCUACAAGAUCGGCCUGGGCGGCGAGACGCAAACGGUACGCAAAAACAACUGGAAACUUUACACUCACGGCGACAUUAGAAAAAUGCUUGGCCAUCAGAACCAAACCAUCGACGUCAUCAAGAUGGACAUCGAAUGGUCUGAGUGGGAGGCGAUUCCUGAAAUGUUAGCCAGUGGUCAAUUGACCGACGUCCGCCAGUUCCUGGUGGAGUAUCACGUGGUGGCCAGUGGCCGGAACUAUCUAUUGCCUAGACUCAAGGCCAUGCAAGGGUUGGAGGAGGCGGGGUUUAAGCGGUUUAAGACACAUAAAAACGAGCAUUGUGAAACCUCGAUCCCGGGUUAUCCCAUAAAAAGAACUCAAUGCUAUGAGGUGCACUACGUUCGAAGGUAGAAAUGGCAGUUGAGCGGCCCUUUUUGGUUUGAAGUUAGAGCUUUCCACAAAUUGCUUGUGAAUAUUUUAUAGUGUGAUUGAACUGGUGCAUUUUUAGCAGAAUAGUUACUAUUAUUUAACAUUGUAAAUGUCUUUCGGUCAUUUCUAAUUAAAA